AUGGUGAGUAUUUGGCUUCGAUCUUCGGAACCGAGAAGGAUAAGGUCAAUUGUUCCAUUUUAUUUCAAGAUUGGGGCGUGUUCGCCAUGGAGACCGAUGCUCGCGACUUCAUAACAAACCCCACCUUCAGCCAGACGAUCGCUCUGGUACCCCUCCCCCCUUACCAACCCACAGAACUCCUCCCAGUCAAGCCGAUGGCAUGCGGCCUGCGCAGUGAGCGAUGUGGAGAUGCAGGAACAUUACGACGAGUUCUUUGAGGAAGUCUUCACUGAGAUGGAGGAGAAGUACGGGGAGGUGGAGGAGAUGAAUGUAUGUGACAAUUUAGGAGAUCAUCUUGUGGGAAAUGUUUACGUCAAGUUCCGGCGGGAAGAAGAUGCGGAGAAGGCUGUGAAGGAUUUAAACAAUCGCUGGUUCAACGGUCAGCCCAUUCACGCAGAACUUUCUCCAGUCACCGACUUCCGGGAGGCGUGCUGUCGCCAGUAUGAAAUGGGGGAGUGCACGCGUGGCGGCUUCUGUAACUUCAUGCAUCUUAAACCAAUCUCACGGGAACUGCGCAGAGAACUGUACGGCCGCCGCAGGAAGAAGUCACGAGAGCGACGAUCCCGUUCCAGAGACCGUGGCCGAGGAGGUCGGGAAAGAGAUCGACGGAGGUCAAGGGAACGCGAGAGAUCGGGCCGUUUCUGA